AUGGUCGCCUCAACCCAAGAGCCAGAGCAGCCCACGGCUCCUUCUACCCCGCAGAAGAAGAAACCAGCCAAGCUACGCCCGCGGAAGAAGGCAGAAGACGAAACUCAGGAUGAUGCACCAAGAGAAAACUCUCCAGAAGCGAGCAAUAUCCCCCCAGAGUCUGAACAGCCUCGUGGCAGUGGGCCAGUGGACUCGCCCAAUCCCGAACCCGAACCUCAACCGGAACUCGAGCCAGAGCACCGUCAACGACGCAACCGCCGCGUGCGACGACCCCGGCGGGAUCCCGACGAGGAACAAUCCGCAACACUAUCCGAGACCGCUGACAACCGCGAACGACGACGUCGCCCCCGCCGGCGUGACGAGCAGCGCAUGGUGCCGUUCGGGGCUGACAGCGUGGGGAGGGAAGUCGGGCGAAGGAGACAGGAUGGCAGCAGUACGUUGGAUAGCAUCGGCAAUACCAACGGCAUGAUGAUGGGACAAAAUCAACAAGGAAGUCAAGCUCAGCCAGAGAAGAAGAAAGAGUCAAAGGAUACGUUAUCGUUACGGCUGGAGUUGAACUUGGAGAUAGAGGUGCAGUUGAAGGCGAGGAUCCAUGGCGAUUUGACACUGGCUUUGCUGUAG